UCCUUCCUCUUCAUUCUAUCGCAUCCUCAUGCAACGGACACCACGUGUCCCCUUCACUCCUUCUCGCCACCCCAUCUCUCUUACCCACCUCGGCGCAUCGCAUGGCGGCGCCCGCACUCCUCCCUCCCCCUCCGAUGGACGGAGACGGCGCCGCCCCGCCCGUCCCCGCGACCCCGGACCCGGCCUCGCCCCCGCCGGCGCCGGAGCCGAAGCCCCCACUUCUGCGCCGGCGUCCGCCCGUCCGGGUGACCUCGGAGUUCGACAGCGAGCGGCGGCUCUUCUCGCACCGCUUCUCCUGCCGCGUCCUCGACGGCCUCGCCAAGCUCCGCCUCCGCGUCAGCCACGGUGCAGGGGGAGGAGGGAUCGCCUGGGGCCCGCCCGAUGUGGCCCUCCUGGCGCGGAACUUCUCCGUCGUCGUCGACCCCGCGUCCCGCGGCGCCGUGCUGCGGGGCGCCGCCGACCUCGCCGGCUCUCUGCGCCUGCGCGCUUCGCACAACACGAAGGAGCAACAAGGAGAAGUGUCAGUUACUGCAAAUUUGGGAGAUUCACCAUGCAAGAUUGAAUUAUCAUCUCUGGUUCCUCCUAAUGGACCGCCAAGAGCAACUUUCUUCUUUCCAAAUGGUGAAGUUUCAAUAAAAGAGAAGAUAUUGGAUGAGGGUAACAGAAUUUUGUCAGUAAACGGCCUAGUGAAGUCACGUGUUUUGAAAGGAGUUUGCACAACUGCGUACAACGAUAAUGCAAUGAACAUUAAAUACCGCUACAAGGAUGAUGAGAUAUCAUUUAUCCCCAGCAUCUCGCUACCAUCCAAUUCACUAGCAUUCGCAUUCAAGCGCCAAUUAACGCCAUCGGACAAGCUGAGCUAUUGGUACAAUUUCGACACAAAUUACUGGGGUGCCAUCUACAAGCACAAGGAAAAUAAGCAUCUCAAGUGGAAAGCUGGUUAUGAGUCAGACAACAGGCUUGGAUGGGCAUCACUUUGGGUUGGAGAUGCUGGCGGCAGUACAAAGGAGGUGCCUUUGAAGGCCAAAGCCCAUUUCACGCUUAAAGUCCCCCAGGGCAAUAUAAAGAAUUCUGUCGUAGUGUUUCAUGUGAAAAAAAGAUGGGAUUUUUAGCUUCUAGCGCACAGCUAAAAGAGAGAACCAACAAGAAAACUGGAAUGCAUGUAAAUUUGUAACCUGUCCAGCUAAUUUGUUAUGCACAGAUGCCAUGAAUAAAUUAUGUGAUGUUUUUUGCAGUCA